GUUGGUGGUUAUUUUAAAAAUACAUAUUUUUCAUGUAAAGUCAAAUGAAAAAAAAUAUAAAUAUCUAAACUGAUAAGACGUUAUUUUUAUCAUUAUAAUGUUGAUAAGACUAAUGGGAGCGUUGAAAUCACUUAAUCCAUGUGAUUUACAUUUUUUAUAAUAAAAAAAAAAAAAAAAUCAAGUUAAUAAAACCAAAGAGUAUAUUUUAAAUUAUUAAUUAUAAAUUUGAAAAAAAAAGAAAAAAAAAAUGACAAAUACACAGCAAACGAUAUUGGCUGAAGAAUAUAGCUCAGAAAAAUCACCGGAUGAUGUUGAAUUAACAGAGUUAUUGCCAGUUAAACAUUCACGUAUUCAAGAUAGACAAAAUAAUAAAGAUCAAGAUAAUACAACAGAUGGUCUAAAAGUAAUAAGAAGUUUUACUGAUGAAUUACAAGAUUAUAAAUUUAAUGAAGAUAAUACAAAUUUAAAAAAACAACAGUAUGAUAAUAAAAAUAAAAUUUAUAAACGUCCUUAUGAUGACGAUAAUGACGAUGAUAUUGAUAACAAUAAUAAAUCAACAAUAAAAAAAAGAUUAAGAAAUUUGAAAAAUAAAAAUUUUUUAAAAGAUGAAAUUUAUUAUUAUCGUCAAGAUGAAAAUAGUGAUGAUGAUGAUGAAGAAGAUGAUGAUGAUGAAUUACAAAAUAAUAAUAAUAAAAAAAAUAAAAAAACAAAAAAAUCAAUAACUAAAAACAUUAAUAAUAAAAAAAUACAACAAGAUAAAAUAAUGUCAGUUAAAAAUACUGAUGAUACAUCAGAAAAUAUUGAAAAUGUUGAAAAAGAUUUGAGAUUAAAUAUUGAUGUUAUAAUACAAGCAAGUUAUUUACUUGAACAAGAAAAUGAAAAUUCAAAUACAAAUGAAAAUGAAAAACAAUUAGAUAAUAGUAGAAACAACAACAACAACAACAACAGUAGCAACAACAGAAGCACAGCAAUAAAAGAAGAUGAAAAUAAAAAUCCAGAUAAUAAAAAAUAUAAAUGUUUAUUGUGUGAUUCACGUUUUAAAGGUAGUGGUGGUUUAAGAAAUCAUUAUAAAGUUGUACAUGCAACUGGACCAUUAUAUAAAUGCGAUAAUUGUGGAAAAGAAUUUCCCUUAAAAGAACGUUUAAAACUUCAUGUUAGAACACAUACUGGUUUUAAACCAUAUAAAUGUACUGAUUGUGAUAAAUGUUUUGCACGAGGUGGUCAAUUAGUACAACAUAAAAGAACUCAUAGUCAUAUUAAACCAUAUCAAUGUGAUUUAUGUAUGGGACAAUUUACAUGUUCAGCAAAUUUAACAUUACAUAUGAAACGUCAUAAUGGACAAAAAGAUCAUACAUGUAGUAUUUGUGGUAAAGGUUUUAUACGUCGUGAUGCAUUAAAAAAACAUCUUGAAUGUCUUCAUAAAGAUCUUAAAUCAUUUUUAUGUAUAAUAUGUAAUAAAACAUUUAAAGGACAUUUACCACAACAUAUGAGAACACAUGCUAGAGAUCGUCCAUAUGAUUGUCCAACAUGUGGACAAAAAUUUGCUCAAAAAUCACAAUUAACUGUACAUCAACGUACACAUAAUGGACAACGUCCAUUUAGAUGUCUUGUUUGUUGGCAAGCAUUUGCACAUUCAACAGCAUUAAAACUUCAUACACGACGUCAUACUGGUGAACGUCCAUUUAAAUGUACUGAAUGUAAUGUUGGUUUUACACAAUUACCACAUUGGAAAAAACAUAUGAAAUGUAUACACAAAAGAAAUAAACCAUAUUCUUGUAAAAGUUGUAAUAAUUAUUUCAAAAAAAAAAAUGAUUUAGAAUAUCAUGAAAAGCUAUGUGUUGAUAAUAAUAAUACUAAUAAUACUGAUAAUAAUAUUGAUAAUGAUAAUACAUUUGAAACUAAUAAUAAAUAUAAAACAAUGAAUUUAGAAAAAAUGAGAUUAUUAUUAGCUGUAUUAUUAAAAAGAAUAUCAAAACCUGAAAGACUUGAUGAACUUGGUUUUGGUAAAAGAUUAAUUGAUGAAAUAUUACAGGAUUCAUUAAUAUCAGCUGGUAAACAACCAGCUAAAAGAGGUGAAUUAAAUGAAUUUGAAAGAUUAAGAAAAAAUAUUGAAACAUUUCUUGAAUGGACUGUACCAAAAGAACAUUGGGAUACAUUUAAAAAAUUAAAAAAAACACCAGAAGAAAUACUUGAGACACUUACUACAACAUAAAUUUAUAAUGUCAGACUACAAGGUACACCAAAGACCAUUUUCUUUUUUUUUAAAUAACAAAUAUAAAAACAAUUUGUUCUUGUUAAAAUAUGCUUACUUAGAUUAAUUUUUUGUAUUUUUUUUUUCUUAUUACGUGAUAAUUUAGCAGUGCCAUGGAUCAAAGUUAAUAAAGCCAAGAAACUUGCCAUAAUAUUAUUUAAAAAAUUCAAUUGUACUGUUUGUUUUAUAUAUAAAUAAUGUUUUUUUUUUGUUUUUAAUUUGUUUAAAUUGUAGAAAAAAUUUUUAAAAACUUUGCCUUGCCAUUUUUUUUCUUCGGCGCAAUUAGUUAAUUAUUAUGAUCAAAAAAGAAAAUUAAAAAAUUUUGUUAUGUUAAUUAUAAUAAUUUAUAAAUAUUGUUAAACUUGGACUUGAGAAUUUUUAAAAAUAAUUAUUUGAAAAAUUAAUUUAGUCAAUUUUUUAAAAUUAUUAUUGUAUAAUUAUUUUUAAACUUAUUUCAAUUAAAAAAAAAAACACUGCGAUAGAUAGGUUUUAAGUAAAUGUGAAACGACAAUAAUACAAAAAAAAAAAAAAAAUAAAGUUUUCAUGUUUAUAUGAAUAAUAAUAAUUGAAUUAAAAAAAUAUUAAUGUUUGAUAUUUAUAAAAAUAGAAUUUUUUUUGUUAUUUUAUUUUCCAAAAGAGAGUGUCAUUAGAACAGUGAAAGGUGCUUCAAAAUUCAUUUGACUUUUUAUUAUAGUAAUUAAAUAAAAAAUGUCCUAAAGCGAUUUUUGAAUUAAAAGAAAAAUGUUUAUGAGUUUAAAAAAUAAGAAUAGAAAUGAUAAAAUAUGAAAAAAAGAAUAAAGAAGCGUUAAUGGUAAUUUAAAUCGUUGAAUAAAGAUUGAGGUUGACAAGGUCAAUAUUUGACCUAACGAUGAGAACACAAGAUUAUCUAUAUUAUUAUUUUUUUGUUAAAUUUAAAAUUUUGUUACCAAAGUAAAAUACAAAAAAAUAAAUAUAAAAUACUCUUCGAUAAUAAUAAUUCAACUUUUUAUCAUUAUAAAAUAUUAUUUAUUAAAAAUAAUAACAUAUGAAAUAUUCAUUAUUAAUUAACCAUGUUUUUUUGCUAAAAGAAUUCAUUAAAAUUUUUGUAAACCAAAUAAAAAAUAUAAUUAUAAAAUUUCAUUAAGUGCGAAAAAUAUUGCAAUGUGCUCUUAAAUGUACUAUAUAUCCUAAAUAAUAAUAAAAAAACAAAACAAAACCAAUUUUCAAUACAUAAAAAAAAAAAUAAAAUAAAAUGUUUAAAAUUGUUGUUAACCAAUCCUUUU